AGUUUCGGCGCGACAUUAAAUGUACAUGCUCGUUUCGACUACGAGAUUGUCUUAAUCUGAAACUUGUGUCAUUUCUGGUCAUUGUUGAUUGCUUUACCUAAUAAAUGUAGACUCCUUGUGUGCUCACUGGAUCGUUGGCCUACAUUUUUUCCUGCCCUCUUAACGCUACUCUGCAUGCUCUCCUAAUACAGAAAGUAGCUUCUGACUUGACACAAAAAGCUAAAAUGCUUUGAAAUCUAUUAGUCUGUUGGCUUACAAUUUUCUAACAUUUAUGUGCACAACGAACUCUAGCGGUAAUUUACAAUAUAGGGUUUCUGCCAUCUGCGUUUGGAUUAAUCCAAUGAAUUCAUUGCGUCCGAACUUUGAUAACAUUCGUUUUGAAUCUGGUUCGUUAGUAUUUGUAUAUGAAGAACGGAUCAAGCGGUAAUUUGGGGAGUUAUGUCACCAGUUGGUAUCAGCUGGUUACUAGUUAGGUUAUUAAUAUGUCUAAAGCGGUUUGACGGCGGAAUGUGUGCAUUCGUCUGUCUAUUUUUCAUUCCUUAGUAUAAUAGCGUCAGUCCCUUUGUAACCGAUCAUAUAUUCGUUUUCUUUGGGAUUUUUUCUCGCGAUGUAGGUUGGUCACAUGACCGCCUAUACUCUAAUUUGUUUAUUCCCAGUUCCUUUAUUAUAGGCUUUUGAUCUAUACUUUUGUGUUCAGCAAAACAUCAUUAACCUAAAGUCUAAGGAGACGGACGCUUGCUGAUCAUCAAACUUCGAAACUUAGUAAUCUUAUGUAUUAAUGCAUGACUUAAUUUUACUAUGUACGAUUUACGUUCCCCAUGUUUAUUCAUGUGUUCCGUAGGUCACCAUCAUUGUCGUGCUUAAUCUUUAAAUACGAAAUAUCUCAACUGUAUUUGCAAUGUUUGCACUACCGAAGUACAUUUUUAGGGUCCCAAGAUUGGAAUGCUUUAUCACCUGUUUUUAGUAGCUUCGGUACAUUUCAAAACGGACUGUGGGAACCUAUCACGAAACAGGUAUGUUUGGAUCCUAUCUUUUUUCGUCACGAUUGUGAACUUCCCAAACUAUUCUUAAUCUUUCUAGUUAAUAUCCUUACAAAUGCCUCACUCUAAGGUACUCAUUACAGAAAAGCAUCAAAAUACGGUUAAUGGACACUGAACAUUUACAAUGUUUUUUCAACACUACUUAGUUUCAUUACUAUGGUAUAUCGCUUGUCUAAGAUUUUUUAAAAAUCGUCUUUAAAUCCACCACUAGAUGUAACGAAAUCCAUUGUGACAUUCGUAAUAGCUUACAAUUUAUAAAAUGUCUUAUUCCAGUUUGGUCGCAAUUCAGCCAAUGGAAGCUACUAAUCUCUUAUCAACUUUGGAACUUCUAUGUGCAUCCAAGAAGCUUGAUCGUGAAAAAGGCGAAGAUCAGCUGAAUAACAUAUCACUAACAUCUGACGAAGUUAAGUUGGUGUCAAGUUGGAUAGAAGAAAAGUUGGAAGGGCUGUCUAAUUGGGAAGACGUCUUUGGUGGGAUCACCGCAGCUAUCAUCCUACUUCGCAAUGUUGAUUAUCGAUCUCUGGUAGAUGUUGGUAUUGUCGGUAAAUUAGAAGAUCAAGCAGUUGAAUGUCAUGAUAACCCUGAAUUCCGAGUUCGGAUAGCUGCAGGUCAACUUAUGGGUUCCCUCUGUCGACAUGCUGGAUUAUCUUUGUUCAUCCGGUACUUACCCACUGUAAUUCAGGGUGUCGUCACUAAUUUAGAAAGAAAUACUGAAGCCCCUGUAUCUGAAGCUGAGUUAUCUCUACGAGAGCUCAACUUAGCUAAGGAAUGCAGUACUAAUUUGAGCAGCAGUUCUCUAUCUAUUUUCCAUGAUACAGCAGGUUGGAAGAACUUGGAAACAUGGAUGAAGUGUUUACAGGAAAUGGUUUCAAAUCUUCCAUCCAAGGAUUUCAUUAAAGUGGAUAGAACUAUUAUUUUGGAACUUAUUUUUAAAGCUGUUCAGCACGUCAAUCGUUUUGUUCGUGAAACAGGUUAUGAUGUUUUAUCAACAAUGAUUUCUCGUCAUUUAUGUUACACGGAGCCAGAAGCAAAGGAAGCAACUUAUAUCAACGUUGCAACUCAACUCGCUAAGGGUUUAUCAGAUAAUUGGAGUCAAGUCCGUAUGGCCGCUUCCAGAGCAGUACGAACUCUUUUUGAGGUUGAUCCUCCCUCUGGAUAUACGAGAGAUGAUAUUUACCCUAUUCUUUUACCAGCUAUGUGUUUAAACAGAUAUUACGUUGCUGAAGGCGUCAGGAUUUAUAGUCAAGAUACUUGGUGUCGUGUUACUCAAGGAGAAGGUCGAAAGUUACUUGGUCAAUAUUUAGUUCCAGCUGUCGAUUAUUACAUUCAACAAAGUGAUGCCGAUAAUCAUGCGGUUCGUGAGGCUUCUUGUGCGUCUAUGGCUGAGAUUGUAACUAAAUUAGAUCCAAAUUUGCUACUACCGUGUGUCAGUAAAUUGCUCGAUGCCUUAAUUGUAUGCUUUGGAGAUGAAAGUUGGCCAGUAAGAGAUGCGGCCUGUGUUGCACUUGGUUCAUUGAUUUCCACCUUUCCUAAUGAGACACGCGCGGCUGGCUACGAUAAUUUAAUGGCUACACAAUUCUUACGAAACCUUAGUGAUAGUAUUCCAUCAGUCCGUGAUGGUGCAGCUAAAUCGAUUGCUGCGAUUUUAAAAUCAGUUGGUGAUCAAAAUUUAUUCCAACAUUAUAUCAAUCAUAUCGUAGAGAAAAUUGAUGGAUUAAGCAAACAGCCUAAAGAAUCUCAUGGUGCAGAAUCUAGUCGUGUAUCUGGGAAGGGACCAGGAGCAUCUCAUGUUACUGUUCACAGUGGAGAUGCUGCUCAUGAUAGUCGUCAUACUGAUCAAGUUAUGUACUCCUGUGGAUCCUUGGCCCCAAAGCUUCAGAAAGGUCGAAAAGGUGGUGGUUGUCAUAAUGGUCUUCAUCAACGUGCCAGUGAACCUUGGGAAGAGGCUGAUGGCGCAAUUCGCUUGAUCGGUCAAAUAUCAGACAAGUUCCCAAACCGAGUCACUGACGAUUUGAUUGAGCAACUAUUGAAGGGUUGUGAACAUCGAAAUUAUACACAUUAUCCUUAUUUUUUAGAAACUGGUAAGCAUAAUCUUUAAAACUGUAAUUUCAGCUGCAACUAAAGAACGAUGGGUUGGGUGUUUCUGUGCAACAAUAUCGUUUAUAGCUUCAGUUUAUUGCAUGUAAUGAAUCAUUUUUUCCGACCCUUGAAUUCGUCGGAUUCCUACAUAUAUUAAAACUCUGACAAUUGACAAAGUUCUGAUUGUAUCCUCUAAAGUAGGUAGUUUUUCAAUGUUGAUCUAAAUAACAUUAGGGUAGAAGUGAACUACUCUGUGAGCGCUGAAUCAGCCUGUCGUAGUAACCUUGUCUCAGAGAAGACAAUCAACCAAAAGUAUUCAUUUCAGAUAAAAAUGUCUUAGGACAGAAUCCUAGAAAAUGGAUUGUUUUGCUACUAUGAUUGAUCUUACUACAGUGCACAAGUGCUUUAUCUAUUUUGAUAUUUAACGUAAUCAAUCAAGUAUACUUUAAGUUUUGUAACUUUAGCAAACAAAAUAAUUAAGUUCGUGAACAUGCACCACGUUAUUUAAGUUUUUUCAUCUAAUUUUUUUUACACAAACUUAGUAUCGUUUAUCUCAAUUUUUAUUUGUCUUAAAAUUGGGAAUAUGCAGUGACAUUUUUCUUCCUUCUAAAGAUUUGAUUUUCUUUUUCCAGCUUGCGAUGUAAUUGUACAGCUGUGUAAUCAUCUCGAAAAACCUCAAUUUAAAAAAUAUAUGGAUGCGUUUCUGGAAGUAUUGGCAACCGCAGUAGAAAGCAAGUUACCGCUGGCUGUUAAUGCUGCAUCGGAAUGCCUUAAAUCUAUAGGAAAUCGUUUUGGUCCAACCGUGCUACGUGGUCGAAUUGAAAGUCACAUUAAUGCAUUUGUUUCUGAAAACCUAGUUGAUUUAUUACUUCCUGUGUGACACCAUUCUAUCCGGUACAACAACUAAUGAUCAGCGUCACAAACUUUCUUUUAUAUGUGAAUCAACAAAUUUUUGUUAUUAAUCGCUUAUAAUUUUAAAAAUAAAAACCUCAAUGUAAUUUUGAAUACAUUUAUUCAAAACAUGC